AUGCUGAAGCGCGGGUCGGCCAUUGCAAAGCGCCAGGGCUACUAUCCCACCAGCGGCGUGUGCGACAAGCCCGGCGAUACAUGCGCUGAAGCCUGCGGUGCCGAGUACGUCGAGUGUCCAUCUAACGGGUCGGUUACAAGUUGUCACUCGACAACAGAUGGGAGUCAUUGUUGUACAGAUGGGACUGGGAAUGCAUGCGGCGCAGGCGACUACUGCACCCACGAUAACCGCGGCCAAACUUACUGCUGCCCGGAGAACCUUAAUGCAGAGGAGUGUGCAAAGCAACUCGGGCUCGAUGUCCCGCUGAUCCCGGAUUCCGCGGAGACGACGACGCCGGUUGCAGAGCCGACGGGGGUGCCUUCGCCUACGCCGACUGAGGUGUCGGAGAGUGCGGUGGAGACAGAGACAGAGGAAGAGACGUCGGCGGUCUUGGUAUCGUCUUCGUCGCCAUCACCGUCGCCGUCAACUGCGAGAGUAAGUUCGACGAGGAUGACAGCCUCGCCGAGUGUGGAGCUUCCUACGGUUGCUUCGUCUAGACUACCGAAUGCUACGAGCACUGGUCCGGUACUACCUCAGUUUACGGGUGGUGCUGCAAAGAUUGCUGGAGCUGGAGCUGUGGUGUUUGCGGCUGUUGCUGGGCUGGUUAUUUUGUAA